AUGAGUAAUGGAGUUUGUGUUAAAAACGUGACAGUUGAUCCAAUUGUGCAUCAAAAUUGUGUAAUAGAAGCGACGCCAGUUCCUGAGCAAAUUGUUAAUUGUCCAAUUGGUUCUUAUUUGAGCAACGGAAAAUGCAUUUCCGUUCACGUGCGAAUAAUUUGCCCGGAUGGCAGUCCAUUAAUGGGUGAUCACUGUGUAGUUCGCGUGCCUGCUCCAGAUCCUGUUUUUGUUGAAAUUCGUUGUCCUCCGAAUACUCAUCACGAUAUUGUUCGCAACGUUUGCAUCUACAAGCCAUCUCCGUUGAAUUUGACCUUUGAAUGUCCUCCAAAUACCGAAAAACGAGAAAAUGUUUGCGUUAUGCGACCUGUUAGCGUUAAUUUUAGAUGCAGCGAUGGAAGUCUUCCUGUUAAUGGUUAUUGCACAAUUUCUGUCGAUAGUUCUGUGGAAAUUCGUUGUCCAUUUGGAUCACGGAUGGAAAAUGGAGUUUGUGUCGUUGAACCUUCCAUGCCGAAAAUUUUGUAUAUUUGUCCCGAUGGAAGUUUUGCCGUAAAUGGAAUUUGUAAAGUUGGAAGUGCAGCUAUUGAUGUUGAUGUUGAAGUUGAAUGUCCUGAAGGAUUCAAAAAAGUCAAUGCUACUCGUUGCGAGAAAAAAUUAACAUCGAUUAUCGAUCCUCCUACAAUCGACUUUAAUUGUCCUCCAGAUUCGGAGCGUUAUGGAAAUAUUUGUCGCAUGCAAUUCCGAGGCCAAAUUCCUUCUUUCCGAGUCAAUUGUCCCGAUGGAUCACGUCAAGUUAACGAGAAUACUUGCGUUUAUGACGUUCCUCAUGCUGAUUUUGAAUUCCGUUGUCCUCAUCCAUUCGUAAAAGUCGGCAACAAUAAAUGCGUUCACACAAUCUCGACAAAUAAUUGCAAUGAAAAACACGAAUUUUUCGGAGAAGAAUGUUCUGAGACACCUUCUGAGAAUGGAAAUGAACAUUUAAUUCAUAAUAAUAACACGGUUCAUGCUCCAACAAACAUUACCUCGACUAAUAUUCAUCAUAUCAACAUUUCGACGAACGAUUGCGGAAAUGGCGCGAAAGAACGCGUCAUGGUUGUGAACGGAAAAACCGAAAGAAUUCCAUGUCCCACAGUUACGCAACCAAAAGUCGUUCCGCAACCAAUUCCUGUCGUGCAUCAACCAAUGAUGAUUCCGCAGCCAAUGAUGGUUACGCAACCAUGCACGCCUUGCGGAUUCGCGCCAAAUUCCGAUUGUAUCCAAACAUGCGAUUAUUAA